CUGCGUGUUUCCAGUCGCGCCAUAUUAUCGUACGAUACAUCGUCGCCGGUUUGCGAGACCGUGUUUGUAUAGGACGCGAAAUUUACACGUCACGGUAAAAACGAUAAAUACAAAUAUCACGGCGCGCUAGUGAAUGACUUGGAAUCGCCAAUAGGUCGCCGACAUCGAUAGACUCGCCGACUGAACCGCCAGGAAUUAGAUAUAUUACGUGUAAUUUAUUAACAGGAAGAUAUAGCAGAAAUAUUCCGUAGACGAUACAAAGGAUUUGCACUAUUUUUGACGCUAGGAUUUUAAUAAAGAAAAUACUCAGAAAAUGCCUUCCGAGCAAUCUCCGAUUUACUAUCCCAAUCCGGCACUCAGUAAAAAUGCUUACGUCACUUCAACUGCUCAAUAUCAACAGAUGUACAAGAAAUCGAUAGAAAGUCCUGAAGAAUUUUGGGGUGAUAUUGCCAAACAGUUUCAUUGGGAGACUCCCAUAGAUUAUGACAGAUUUUUCCGAUAUAAUUUCGAUCUGACCAAAGGACCCAUCUUUACGAAAUGGUUGGAUGGUGCUACUACCAAUAUUUCGUACAAUUUGUUGGACAGAAACGUGAGGAAUGGACAUGGAGACAAAGUGGCUUAUUAUUGGGAAGGCAAUCAUCCUGAUGACUACAGCCGUCUGACCUACAAGAAACUUUUGGAGGAAGUAUGUCGUUUCUCCAACGUACUCAAGUCCCUCGGCGUAAAAAAAGGCGACAGGGUAGCCGUUUACAUGCCCAUGAUUUUAGAAGCUGUGAUAACGUUACUGGCAUGCGCCAGAAUAGGAGCUGUUCAUUCUCUAGUCUUUGCAGGAUUCUCAUCAGAUUCCUUCGCCGAAAGGAUUGUUGACUGCGAGGCGCGCGUCAUCGUGACAGCUGAUGGCGUGUGGCGAGGCGAGAAGCUGCUCCAGCUGAAAACGAUCUGCGACCACGCCAUGCAGAGGUGCGCCAGCGAAGGCCACAACGUGCACCACUGCAUCGUGGUGUCGCAUUUGGAGCGGGUGACCACUCCCAAGGGAUCGGCACCUCAGAGACAGAACAACAGGACACCCAUGACCGAAGGUAGGGACAUCUGGUGGCACGACGUAGUACCCCAGGCCUCUACCAGUUGCUACCCAGAAUGGAUGCAAGCCGAGGAUCCCUUGUUCAUGUUGUACACCAGCGGUUCCACGGGGAAACCCAAAGGGGUACUUCACACCACCGCAGGGUACUUGCUUUACGCUGCCACCACCUUCAAGUACGUGUUCGAUUACAAACUGAAUGAUGUUUACUGGUGUACCGCUGAUGUUGGUUGGAUUACUGGGCACAGUUAUGGUGUGUACGGGCCUUUAGCCAAUGCAGCUACCUCUGUGUUGUUUGAAGGUACCCCGUUCUAUCCUGACAAUGACAGGUUUUGGGCUGUCAUAGAUAAAUACAAGGUGAACCAGUUUUAUACAGCUCCAACAGCUAUCAGAGCACUGAUGAAGUUUGGAGAUAACUUGGUAAAAAGGCAUGACCUGUCAUCUCUCAAAGUACUGGGUUCAGUUGGAGAGCCCAUCAAUCCGGAAGCCUGGACGUGGUACUACAAGCAAGUGGGACACGAAAAAUGUUCCAUCGUGGACACGUUCUGGCAGACCGAAACUGGAGGACAUGUUUUAACCACGUUACCAGGGGCACUACCUAUGAAACCCGGAGCCGCAGGAUUUCCCUUCUUCGGGGUGCAGCCCGUGUUGCUGGACGAGAGCGGCAAGGAGAUCAAGGGCGAAGGCGAGGGUUACCUGGUGUUUUCGCGCCCUUGGCCUGGCCUGAUGCGCACCCUCUUCGGCAACCACGAUCGAUACGAGGUGACCUAUUUCUCCAAAUUCCCCGGUUAUUAUUGCACAGGCGACGGUGCCCGAAGAGACGCCGACGGUUACCUGUGGGUCACGGGCCGCGUCGACGACAUGCUCAACGUCUCCGGCCACCUCAUGUCCACCGCCGAAGUGGAAUCCGUCCUCACCGAGCACCACCACGUGGCCGAGGCCGCCGUGGUGGCCAAACCGCACCUGGUCAAAGGCGAGUGCCUCUACUGCUUCAUCACCCUGUCGGAAACGGCCACUUUCGACGAGCGCUUGCUCAAGGAGCUCAAGACGCACGUGCGCGAGAGGAUAGGUCCGUUCGCGCAGCCCGACGUCAUUCAGCACGCGCCUGCGCUGCCCAAGACCAGAUCGGGCAAGAUUAUGCGCAGGAUACUGAGGAAGAUAGCGGUGAACGACAGGGACGUGGGCGAUAUCAGCACGCUGGCCGACACGACGGUGGUGGAACAGUUGUUCGAGAUGAGACCCGCGGAGUCUUAGGUUGUACCUGUUUUUAGAUAGAUGUACACUGACUAUAUACGCUUAAAUUUAGUGAAGUAAGAAAGUUGUAGUGAGAAGAAGUGUCGACGAAGAAAGAGAGCCAAAAAAAAUGUCACGAGGAGCUUGUAGCCGGGGAGAUAGUGACUGUUUAUAGAUAUUAUUAGUAGUUUCACAAAAUUUUACGUUAUUUACGGGUGGAUAUUCAGAAAGUGUCACAAAUGUAAAAUCUCA